CUCGAUUGAUACACUUCACUAAAAUGGCAUUCAAGUUUGUUCUGUUCGCGUGUUUGGUGGCGGCAGCGAGCGCUGGUUUGCUCCCAGCAGCGCACGUGACGUACUCAGCGCCCGCGCACGUAGUGCACGCUGCCCCCGUGGCAUACGCCGCCCCCGUCGCCAAGGUGGUGGAGGAGUACAACGCGCACCCCCAGUACAGCUUCGCGUACGACGUGCAGGACGGUCUCACCGGCGACUCCAAGAGCCAGCACGAGAGCCGCGACGGUGACGUCGUGCAGGGCUCCUACUCCGUGGUCGACCCCGACGGCACCAAGCGCACCGUGGACUACACCGCUGACCCGCACAACGGUUUCAACGCCGUCGUGCGCAAGGAGGCUCUCGGACACGUCGCUAAGGUCGUCGCCCCUGUUGCCAAGGUCGUCGCCCCUGUAGCAUACGCCGCCCCUGUCGCCAAGAUUGCCGCCCCUGUCGCCUACCACUCUGCCCCCGUCGCAUACGCCGCCCCCAUCGCCAAGAUCGCUGCCCCCGUGACCUACCACUCCGCCCCCGUCGUGCACAGCGCUCCCCUCGCCUACUCCGCUCCCAUCUACCACCAUUAAUUGAUU